AUGGGGACACCUGGCGAUACUCAUGUGAGCAGUCUUGGAGGCUCGCAUCAAUCGGGGAACCCUGUGCAGGUCGGAGUGCCUGGCGCGGUAGGGUCUCCUGUGAAUGUGGGAGGUUCUGCUGGUAAUGCAGCUAUCCAAUUUGGGCAGCAACAACAACAGCAGCAGCAGCAAGUGGUAGGAACACCGGGAAACAUAUCCGGGACAUUUAAUGUGAACCAGCAACAGCAACAAAGAGGAUCUGUAGCAGUAGGCUCUUCAUCAUCAUCGGUGAGUGCUACGCAGGGAGGCUCUUCCACAAGUCAAUUUACAACUGGUGUUGUUAGUCCUGGACAAGUUCGAAUCACUGCUCAAGUUUCACAAUUGCAGAGUUCUCCAGCACCAACAGCAACUGCUACAGUUACUGCUACGACUCCAGCUACAGCUACAGCUACAGCUACGCCAGUGACAACAGCAGCUACAUUGGUGGUAGGUCAGGAUCCAGUCUUGAGCGUGGGCCCGGAACCUAUUAUGAACUUGGGGCCAGACCCAGCCAUGGAUAAUGGUUCAGGCGUUGGCGUUGGUGUUGGCGUUGGUGCGGGUGUGGGCGUUGGUGUAAACGCGGGUGUAAGCGCGGGUGUAAGCACGGGUGUAAGCGCGGGUGUAAGCGCGGGUGCAAACCCGACUAUGGGUGAUGUGGGUACAGAUACAGGUCCGGACGCUGAGGAUUUGGAUAGUUUGUUUGAUGAUCCUACGGCUCCACCGCCAGCCCCCAUUGCGACAGAACCACCGGCGGGCCCUCUCGGCAGCCGGUCGCAGGCCCAGGCCCAGGCCCAGGCCCAGGCCCAACAACAACAACAACAACAACAGAUGGUGGCAGCUGCGGGAGGACUUAACACUAGUGGAAUUACUACUACUACUACUACUACUACUACAGGAGGACUUAACACGAGUGGAAUUAAUACUACAAGAACAGGGUCUGGUGAAGAACUAGUAGUUCUGGAUGGAAUGAAUGGGAUGAAUGGAAUUAAUGGAAUGAAUGGGAUUAAUGGAAUGAAUGGAUUGGAUGGAAUGAAUGGAUUGGGACUUGGUGGGAUUGGGGAUGUUGGUGGAGGAAAUGGAGCCGGAGGGAAUGGAGGUGGUGCUUCUGGAUCCAAUGUUACGUUUGAUUCUGUAGACAUUGAUAAGUGGUUUUCAGAUAGCAUGUUUUCAUAA